CAAGCAGAAGAGGAAGAACAACAAUAACAGCGACGCAUAAUUUCCUGCUCACAAACAGACACACACACGCACAUAAAAGCACGCAAGCAAGCACACAAAGAGCCCAGAGCUGUGGCUGUGUGCGCGUGUGGGAGAGGCAGAGCAGAGGAGAGCCGGCCAACAGAGCAUAGAAUAUAAUUUCUGCGGAGGUGAACGUGAAGUGGAGAGAGGAGAGUGAGAGCUGCUGCAUUUCUUGAAUUUACAAAUCGCAAGGCAUAAAAUGACCAAUUCUGGACGCAAUCCUCAUCGAUUCGAUUUCCCGGUGCAACGACGAGAUUAAGGGAAGCCAAGCGACGACGCUGUUGCGAAUGUUUAAAAAUAAAUAAACGAAGAUUACCGAAAUAAUCUGAACGAAUGAGAGGAGAGUAAGAUCCGCAGCAGCAGGAGAGCGAACGGAAGAAAGAGAGCGCGCGGGAGCAACGAAUCAAAGACGCAAUUUGUGAAUAUUUUAAUCGUGCAUUCACACGAAGACGACGAAGCAGCGACGAGAGAGUGGGAGAUUAAGAGAGUGUGAGUGUGGGAGAGAGCGCACGCUUGCCAAAGAGUUAAUUGAAAGAGCAGCGGCAGCGCCAGUAGCAGAGGCUAGACGCAGAAAGAAGCGUCUUUGGUUUUUUGUUUGAUAAGAGGAGGCAAAACAAAGGAGACUCCCACAAUGUUUGCGCCCAGCGGCAGCAGCAGUAUCAGUGGCAGUGCCAGCGCCAGCUUCAGCAGCGGCAGCAGCAACAGCAGCAGCAGCACUGGAACAGGCGCCAGCUCCACCAACAGCACCAGUGUCAGUGGGAGUGCGAGUGGAUCCGCGGAGCGGGGCGAAGCGAACAACAACCACAAUCAUAAUUUGAGCUUACAACUGAACGGUAAUGGUAACAACGGCAACAACAGCAACAGUCACAGUAGCAGCAGCAGCAGCAGCGUCAUUACAAACGGCAACAACAGCAACAGCCACAACAAUAGCAACAACAACACACACACAAAUCUCAUCAGCGGCUUCUGCAGCAGCAUCUGGCGCUCGGCCACCUUUGGUACUGCCACACCAGUGGUGGUCAGUGCAUCAGCAGCAGCAGCAACUGCCUCCGUUUCUGUCUCUGGUUCUGCCAUGAGCGACUGUUCCUCGUCCAGCUUAUCGGUUUCGCCCGAUGCCGCCUGCCUGGCUGAUAAUGAUGAUGAAGAUCAACAGCAAAGGCAGCCGCUGCAGCGCUCUGAGGCCGGCAGCACAGACAGUUAUCUUGCCCAGGAUUCGGAUGUCGCCCAGCAGCCACAAACAUUCCUAGGGGCCACCGAACUGGACGAUGAGCUAAUCAAACAACUGCCAAAGGAGGUACUGCUGCGGGUCUUCUCCUAUCUGGAUGUCGUCUCGCUAUGCCGCUGUGCACAGGUGUGCAAAUACUGGAAUGUGCUCGCCCUGGAUGGUUCCAGUUGGCAGAAAAUCAAUUUAUUUGAUUUUCAACGUGAUAUCGAGGGGCCGGUGAUUGAGAAUAUUUCGCAGCGAUGUCGCGGCUUUCUCAAGUCCCUGUCGUUGCGUGGCUGUCAAUCGCUGGGAGAUCAGUCUGUCAGAACUCUAGCGAACCACUGCCACAACAUCGAACAUCUGGAUCUGUCGGAGUGCAAGAAGAUUACAGAUAUAUCCACACAGUCCAUCAGCAGAUACUGCACCAAACUGACGGCCAUUAACUUGGACUCUUGCUCCAACAUCACAGACAAUAGCCUCAAAUAUCUAUCAGAUGGCUGUCCAAAUCUCAUGGAGAUCAAUGUGUCAUGGUGUCAUCUGAUUUCUGAGAACGGCGUCGAGGCGCUGGCCCGCGGCUGUGUCAAGCUGCGCAAAUUCAGCAGCAAAGGUUGUAAACAAAUCAACGACAAUGCCAUAAUGUGCCUGGCCAAAUACUGUCCCGAUAUAAUGGUGCUAAAUGUACACAGCUGUGAGACCAUAAGCGAUUCAUCUAUACGGCAGUUGGCCGCCAAGUGUCCCAAGCUGCAGAAGCUGUGCGUGUCCAAGUGUGCGGAUUUAACUGAUCUCUCGCUGAUGGCCCUGUCGCAGCACAAUCACCUGCUGAACACACUGGAGGUGUCCGGCUGUCGCAAUUUCACGGACAUUGGUUUCCAAGCCCUGGGACGCAACUGCAAGUAUCUGGAGCGCAUGGAUCUGGAGGAGUGCAAUCAAAUCACGGACCUAACGCUUGCUCAUCUUGCCACAGGCUGUCCUGGUCUAGAGAAAUUGACCCUGUCGCACUGCGAACUGAUUACGGACGAUGGCAUACGACACCUGACCACUGGCAGCUGUGCCGCCGAGAUACUGUCCGUGCUGGAGCUGGACAAUUGUCCCCUGAUAACGGACAGAACGCUGGAGCAUCUGGUUUCAUGCCACAAUCUACAGCGUAUUGAACUAUUCGACUGUCAGCUCAUUACACGCACCGCCAUACGCAAGCUGAAGAACCAUUUACCAAAUAUCAAGGUGCAUGCAUACUUUGCUCCGGGCACACCGCCGGCGGUGACCAGCGGACAACGGCCGCGCUACUGUCGCUGCUGUGAGAUUCUCUGAGAUACGGCCAUCGGCUUUGCCAGGAAGAUAAUGCGCAAGGCGGCCACAGACUGAUGCUGGCCUGUCUGCAUCGUUAUGUUCGCCAUGGCCCUCAUCUCGAUGAUUUGCAUGUUUUUGCUGGGACUGCUCGAUGGCGUUAACAAAACGUAACCAAUAAACACAACAUCAACAACAACCAGCACGGCUAGCUCCGAACGAAGCGAAAGCGGAAGCGGAAACUGAAACGAAACGAAACGUAGCUUUAGUUUUAGUUCUCUUUCUUUUUUUUUGUGUGUGUUGUGUUGCAAGUUUACAAAACUUCAGCAAACAGCAUCAAAUUGUGAUUAUUUUAUUUAAAUGUUCUCUAUAUCUAUGUUAACCCAAGACCUUCAUUUGUGUAAUAUGUGUAUGUGUGUGUGUGUGUGUGUCCUGCAAAGCAAAAUAAUUGCUAGCCUAAAAAUGGAUGCAUUAUAUAACGGUAUAUAUACACACACACACACACGCACACACUUGUAUAUGUGACGGCUUUCUCGCACUGAUCGUACGUACCGCUGAAUGUUCUGUGUCUAGCCUGUAACUGCGAUUAAUUACGAAUUAGUUGUAAUAUCAGCCACGCCCACACAAAAACUCAUACAUACCUGUAUUAAAUGUUGCUAAAAGAAAAGAAAAGAAAAGAAAAAGAAAAACAGAAUCCACAAAUUCGGAUCCACUUGAAUUUUAGACAACUCUGAAACAUGUCGAUAGAACCAGAAAGCGUUCAACCCACACAAGAAAAUACACACCUACCUACCCCUAGUACAUAUAACCCAAGCUCCCCACAAUCCCCAUCUAUAAGCUUCAUCUGAGACGAAUAUUUAUUUAAUGUGUAUGUAGUUUUAUUAUUAUUAUUUUAAACUCAAGCUUAGUGCCAGCUAACUCCAUACAGCAAUUAGUGUUAUCCAUGUACAUAUAAACCAUAUAAUGUGUAUUACACAACGAACAAACAACUACUCUCACACACACACACACCACACAGGGGGUUAAACAAAAACUAUAUUUAAUCUCAUUUACACACAAAAAUGCAAUCACACAACUGAAUGGAUCAUCGUUUCUAAAACAAAAACAAAAAACAAAAACCAAAACCAAACCAAACCCUCAUGCAAAGUUCCCACUUAAAUAAUUAAUUAAAUAAAACAAUAUUCAUGCAUGUACCCUAUACCUAUCCGACACAUACAAAUAUUAUAUAUUUAUACGUAUAUUUUGUAAAAUGCAAAUAUCCAAGGGGUAGUAGUUCACCAUUCAAGAUCUCUCUGUGUGCACACUUUUAUGUUUGAUAACUAAAUGGUUUCCUUUCAUCUAAAAUCCCCAUUCAAAUGGAUGCUGCUGAGUAUUGCUCGCGUGUAACCAAAUGGAAAGUGCUGGGCGUGACAAUAAACGGCCAGGCCACAACAGCACCUUAGACCAUACCCAACACCCACACACACCUCACACACACACACACCUCAGUCAGAAUUAGCACAAUAAAUGCAAAAUACAGAUAUUUUCCUGGCUCAUUUUAAUCUCUCUAAAUAUAAGAACUAAAACAAAUGGUGUCAUAUUUGCAUAUAACUACCAUACAUAUAUUUUCCUAGAAAAA